GCACGCGCAUGCGUCGGUUUUGAUUUACUUCAAUACGCUGUAUCGUAUGAUACUGUCUCAUUUAUUUAUGACUGGUGGAUAAGUUCUUAUAUUGCUAAUCUGGUGCCAAUUAUAGGAGCGUCAAAUCAAAAUAGUUAAACAUGUCAUAAACUUUGUCCGGUUUAAUUUGAUUAAUUGUUUCGCCACUCAAACGCGUAAGAUCGGGUAAAUGUUGACGCAUAACCAACAUUAGGAAGGAAAGUGAAAUCUACUUAAUAUUCUCGCCGCAAUUAUAUAUGUCAAAACACGUAGGAAAGAUGGCGGAGCAGAGUGACAGAAGUCAAUUACCGCCCGGUUGGGAAUGCAGAUACGACAUUCGUAGUGGUCGUCCAUAUUUUAUAAAUCAUUUUAAUCGCACUACAACAUGGGAAGAUCCAAGAGUGAGGUACUGGCAGUAUUCUCAGUAUAUACAAUCUCAAAACUCAAUGGCUCUGAGUUUAGCUACUACUACUACUACUACUACUUCUCAAGAUAUUCCUAUGCAGACUGGAGGAGGCGGAAGUGGUGGGCACUUAAGUUAUGUAGGUGGUCAUAGAGCUCCGCAAAUUUAUCCGACACCGUCCCCUUAUCAUAAUCCACAACUAGCAUUUUUACCUCCCAGUGCACAAGAGCUGAAAACACCACUAUCGCUGAAAUCUGCCAGUGCAGUGACAACUCGGUUCGGCGAUUUAACUUUAGAAUCCCCAACUCCAUUAAGAAAUACAGAGACAAGCUUUACUCAAAACUCCGACUCUGAAUCACAAGUGGCAAAAAUCAAUGCUGUAUUUCCGACAGUUUCUGAUACACAUAUUCGUCUUUUAUUGAAAAAAUACCAUAACAGAGCAGCUUUGGUCAUGAGUGCCCUCCAAGUGGAAAAGAAUCCUCUUUGCGCCCCAGGACCAUGUACACCUGUAGGAGUGCAUUCAAAUUAUACAAUCCCGAGAUGGCGUCUACCAGCUCAUGCUAUACAUGCAGCACUAACAUUGAGUCCGCCUCGCGGAGUUCGGCCAGCCCCUAACUCCCCAAAAAUGAAACUUAGGUACCUGAAAAGUAUAUUUCCAAAAGUGGAUGAAACAAUAUUAUUGGAUAUAUUAGAACAAAGCGAUAACAAUGUGCAGAAGGCAUCUGAAAAACUAAUUGAUUUAGGGUAUGAAAAACGAAAUACUACUUUUCCUGCCAAGGCUGUAGCAAAAAAGAAAGAAGAAGAACAGAUAAACAAUAAGCAAACUGCACCUACACCACCUCCACGCAUAAAAAGUUUAGAAGAAAAGAAUAUAUUGAAAAAGCGUUUAAUGGAAAAAUAUAAAAUGGUACCAGAUCGAGUGGUAAUGCUUGCCAUGGAUAGUGUAGAUUAUGAUGAAGAAAGAGCAAUACAUAUAUUAGAUAUAGUAGUAGCAGAGGAAGCUAAUCGUCCGCUCUGUACUUCUGGUAGCAAAAGCAGUAAAAGUAAUGAGCGAAAAGAUAGUCCGCCAGUAAUGGAAGCUAUAAAAUUGACUGUUUCUCCGAUUAAAAAAAUAAAUAAAGAUGCAGAGACUGAAAAGUCGAAACGGUCCAAAAAUAAGACUGAGAUACCGAAAGUUUCACGUGGAACUAGUACUACAGAGGACAAAGAAUAUAAAUCCCCAUAUUUAAUAAAACCAAUUGGAUCGAGUUUGGAUUUAGUAAAAGGAGCGAAUAAUGACCUAUUAUUUUUUAGGCCAGAUUAUGCGCCAUGGUCGGGACCAGAUGCAAGUUUGCUGUCCAAACAACUAUUUUCAAGAUCACUCGCGAUGGGGCAUGAUCCGACUUUACUUUCUACAAAUAAUUGCCUCGCUAAAGGCCCGCAGUCCGAAUUGCGAAAAGGACCAUUAAGAGGAUUGGCUCAAGGGUCCAUCUAUUCACAAAGGAACAUAGCCAAUACAGAGAGUCGUGGUAAAUGAAAUAUGUGCAAUUGUUUUUUUCUUAAUAUUUUUACAUCUAUUAAAUAGUUACAUAUAUUUUAAUUUAGUGGCAAUUGUACAAUUGUCCCGUUUUUGGGAUAUCGUUAUACAUAUAUACAAUUAUCGAUUUGCAUCAUUGAGAUAUUAUAAUCCAUUAAUUUUUAUAUUAUUGAUUUAGAAUUUUUUUCUAAUUUAACCAUUAAAGAAUCGCGCACGCGUAAGAUUUUUUUUAAAGCAUAAAAAUUUUGUUUUUUAGAAAAUAAUAUAUGUAUAUGUUUAAUAUAUCAAAAAAGUUAUUACAAAAUAUGAUAUUGAUUGCAGGAUGUUAAAAAUGUCUCAUGAUACUGUACAAAAUAGAAUUUUUUCAGAUUUUCUCGAAUCGCGUACGAAUCAAUAUUUAUAGACUUUUAGGACAAUUAAUUAUGAAUUUAAAAUCAAAAUUGGAAAAUUUAAAGUAAUGAGCACCUAUAUGGUGAUUAUCUCAAAUAAAUAAUUUUUGCAUUUUACAGUAGAGUUUCGUUAAUUUUGACCCUAGGGGCAAAAGGAGUGGAAAAUUCUUGGAAAAGAAACGUUAAAGGAUAUUUCCUUGAAAAUAUUAUUUUCUCUUACUACAGACUUACUACAAACGCGACAUGAAAAGAACGCGAUAUUAGUGUUUGUGAAAAUAUAUGUGGAGAAGUACAAAAUUAUUGCGGCCAAAUUUAAGGAGACUCUAUUGUACAUAUAUGUAUCGACCUGCAUCAAACUUGGUAUUUAUAAGUUUCUAGGUAUUUGUAUAUUUUCACUGAUUAUAAAUCAUAGAUUAAAAUUACAAAUUUAAAAUAGCAAAUUCAAAAUAUAGCGGUUUAAAAUAUUUUACAUUCGCUAUUUUUAAAUUUAUAAUUUUAAUCUAAGACUUAUAACCAACAAUUUCAAAAACCUAUAAUACCAAACUUAAUGCAAAUCAUUAUGCAUAUGCCAUAGACAUAAUAAGAAUAGAUCGAGCAUUUCACAUCUUCGUAUUGUUUGUUUUCUUUCUCUUUCUAUAUGUUCUUCAGAUUACAUCAUUACAAACAUUAAUGUUUGAUUUAUUUUUUUAUAUGUCUGUGAUAUAUACAAAAAUUAAUGACCGUCGAUAUUGGAUCCACUAUUUUAAUUCUUGUAAUUUCAAAUUUAGAUAUGUGUAAUUAAUCAACAAUCUCAAAAAUUCUUAGAUGUUGAAUUGUGCAUGAGUUAAAAGAACAUUCUUUUUUACAAUCAAAGAUGUUAUAAUGUCUUUGUGGCUCUUUAAAAGUUAAUAAAGAUUUGUUUUAUUGAUAAUUCACAUAUAUUUAUAGCUUAGUGAAUUAACAUAUAUUUUUAUUAUAUUUAUUGUGGCUAUAAAAAGUCAUAAUAAACAACUUAUUUUAUUAUUUUUUAAAAAAUUUAAUUCAUGUUUAUGGUAUAAAUUGCUCAUUUUUUUUAAACACUAUAAAUAAGAAAUUUUUAAAGACAUUAAUGAUACACACAGACGCAUAAACCAUAGUGCUUUUUAAUUUUGUCAAAAUUAUUGAUAUGAUUUCUUCCAUAUCGAAAAUAAACAAUUUAUAUAUAAAUGCAGUCAUCUUAUAAUUAUAGGUUUAAAUGUCAAAUGAAUGUUUGUACGGCACGAAAUUUAUAAAAUGCGACAGUUCAUAUCUCAAUAAUAAAGUAUCUAAUCAUUUAUAUCUAAUCUCUUAAUAUGGAUAUCGUAUUCUCAAUUAAAAAUAAGAACUUUGCAAGUAAUGGCAUGUAAGAUUUUGAUUCUUUAUGUGUAAAUAUUGUAUAAUGUGCAUCUAUUAGACAUUAAUUAUUAUAGCACACAUUAUUACUAAUAUAAUGUAUGUGUAUAUGUUGUGUUGCGCGCGCGUUAGUAUAUGUACAUUUUUUAUAUCAUUUUAUGUAAAAAUGAUCUAUGAUAUUGAUUAUAGAUUUCAUUAAUGUAUUUCUACUUUGCCAGUACUUUGAUAUACAAUUUCAAAGAAAUGUUAAAAGAUUAAAAAAUAUUACGAGAUUUGAAUUUACUAGCGUAAAAAAAUUUUGAUGUUUUAAAAAAUAUCUGAUCCUUAAAGUAAGAAGAAACAUAUUAAUAAUGCAAUAUUAGCUCAUAAACAACUGAUGACAAUGGACAAAGGAAACGGCUGUUCUAAUCAUUUCAACUGUUUUUUGUUCAUAUAAUAAAAUAGAAGAUUAAAUCUUUUUUGACGAUUUUUUUGCAUUUUAAAUGCAAAGAAUAAUUACUGCUUAUGUUCUUAUAUGUGCUUAUAUUGUUUUCCUAUUUUAAAUGCUAUAUGAUAUUAAUUAGAUUCGCGAUACGCGCGUCCAUUAUAUUUUUAUAUUCAAAUAAUUAUGCCCACUGUCACACAAAAUAUAUAAUCAGCGUAUAUAUUUAUAACAAAAGUAUUUUGUGAUGUUAUGCGAGUAAAUAGCAACUAAUCGAAAUAAAAUGUGAUUAAACGAAAGAAAAACCUGCAAAAAGAGAUGGUCGCUCGUAAGCACCCACUUUUGAUUUAUAAUCUUCUUACUUUAUAGAAAAAUUUAUUUUUUAAGUUUUUAUGACGGAUUUUUAUGACGAAUUUUGAUUGACUAAUCUUGAUCGGCUUUACAGAAUACCCCUUUAAAUAAAAACCGUUCCUUAGAAUUACAGAUUCUCUCUUCAGCUAAUUAAGCUGAUAGAAACAGAUAUUAUACUUCUAAUCUCAUUAGCUGUGCUUUUCAGCUGCACCUUUAUAUGUGCCCGUGAUAAAAACUUAAACACGAGAUGGAUAUAUAUACCGUUUAUAGCAUAGCGCGGUAAAUGGAAGAACUAUAUCGAUAUUACAUAUAUCUUAUAUGAUAUCGUCAUUUCUGUUAUUUCUGUUAUUAUUUUAACAGACCAUGUUGUAUUUCUGCUAUUGUAUUUUGCUAUUAUUAUUUGAGGCUUGCUUGAUUUCUGCCGCGUUUCAAUCGUCACAAUAUGCUUGCAAAUAAGCUCAAUUUCUAAUAACAAUCUGUCAACACGCCAUGACAUCGUGUCAUACUUAUUAUAUGUUAGUUUAGUUCAUUUUUUGUAGAAAUAUUAUAUCAAUGCUCAAAUGCUGUUCUUUUUACCCCAGCAAGUUCUAUUCAAUUCUUGCAACAUUGUUCUAGUAUGUCAUGACGUAAAGCCUGCUCAUUUUCUACUUUAUUUCUACAAUAUAUUUAAUUUAUAAAUAAAUAAAAUUUUCUACGUCCUUAUGUAUAUUUUCAUAUUUACUUUUAUAUUGUAUCCAACUUUUUUUAAAUUUAUAACUGUAAUAUAUCUUGGUGGUAUAAAUUUUAUACCACGAAAUGUAAUUGUAAAUUUUAUUACAUUCAACUCUAUGUGAAUAAUACAUACAAAAAUUUAAUCGGAAACCAAUAGAUAUAUUUUGCCAAAAUUUUAUUGAAAGAAGAGAGAAACCAUACAUCAACACAUCAACAACUUUAUGUGAUACAUCAAUAUGUAACAACUUAGUAAGAUUUAAUAUAUCAUGAUGAAUAGCAUUAAUAAUACUUCAAAACCGGAAAUUGUUAUUAAUUUUUAUGAAUUUACACUCCAUAAUAAUUGAUAAUAACUUUACAUAUAGUCAUUGAGAAAACAGA